AUGUCCAGCAAUUGGAACCAGUAUUCUGACACUCCUUCCUCCGCCCCAACGUCCUCUCUCGAAAUAAUGGAAGAGGAUGCCGAUGGUGGCAGCGGCAACGACGGAAUCGUCCGAGAUUCCAGAUUUCGACGGUUGAACCUGUGUCAGUCUCGGAAUCUCGCCCUUUUGUUUCUCUUUGUCCUCGCGUUCUUCAUUGCGGGGACGGACAUUUUUGAAAGCAAGGAUUUGUCUCUUCGGGAUAUGGAUGACGAUCUCAAUCGACUUGCGCAGCCUACUAAUGAACAAGAAGUAGUAGGUGAUGACUUGGUCGAUGGUAAUGAUGAUGGUAAUUACGAUGAGGAAGAUGAGGACGAAGAUGGGAAUGAUAUAGAUUACAUGAUCAACAAGGUGAACUUGGAUUCCUUCAAUCCCAAACGAGACGGAGUAGAGUUCAUAAGUCCAAUUUGCAACUACACUUGCCAGACGGAUCGAUUACCCCAUGAAACCCCAUUGUAUCCCGGACAAGUCUUGUGCAACGAAAUGCAACGGUUCGGCAUGACAGAAGAGGGAGAAUUAUUUUUGCAAAAUUGUCAAUUGACCGAUCAAAACGAUGGCAAGUUGACCGUCUUUUGGUCUGCCAAAGAGGCUCAAUUGACACACGACCAAUAUCCAAUUCAUUUUGAAAUGGAAAAGAAUGGUUACUUUCAAAUCAUUUCAGAUUCAUCGGGUGACGUUUUGUUUGAGCAACGUCCCAAACGCAACGUUACCUUUUAUCGUUUGUGUCUAAGGGACAGGCCAAAGUUGCACUGUCCCUAUCUGCACUUACACAAAGAUGGAGUGGUAGUUUUGAAUUGGAUCGAUGACGUUCAGGGAAGGUGGAUGGCGCGGGAUGUGAAACAGGAAUAUGCUGAAUUGUUUCCGGAUAUGGACUAG